AUGCAGAACAUGGGCAAGAGCGUCAUGAGGUAAGUCACAUCCCGCUCACCCCUCCGCACGGCCCUCGACGACUGUUGCGAUCUGGCGACCGGGAAACUCACUCGCUGCCGGUCACGCCUCACAGGGUGGCCAAGAACUCGAUCAAGGGCUUCACCGACGCGCAGACCAAAGUGCGCGAUGCGACCUCCAACGAUCCCUGGGGACCGUCGGGUACUCAGUAAGUUUGCCUGCCCAAACGAUCGUGGCCCGUGGCGAUGGCGAUGGCCGGAUUGGUCUUAUUGAGCCGCUCCGGACCGUCUCCGGACACGGUCGAGUCGACCGGCAAGUACUGACGGCCGCUUAUCGUUGGCGUGACCCACAGGAUGAGUGAGAUCGCGGUCUUGACAUUCAAUGCGUGAGUAUGAUGCGUGCUCCCUCUUUGGCCUCAUCCGGUGGGGUCUGUAGUGCUUGUCACCGCCCGGCCCCUGUCGGACGAGGAGGACGGUCUGACACUCAGCCACGGCAGACUACUGCGAUCCGCGAAGCCGAGAGCUGACCAGUCUCAAACGUCGUCACCUCGAUUUGCACAGUAACGACUUUGUCGAGAUCAUCGAGAUGCUCGACAAGCGACUCAACGACAAGGGCAAGAACUGGCGCCACGUCUUCAAGUCGUUGACCCUGCUCGACUACAUCCUGCACAAUGGAAGCGAGAACGUCGUGCAGUACUUUAGGUGAGUUGAGGUCCAGUUCGCUGGAGUGCGUGGGCAUUUCCUACAGAGAACUGGUGUAGUGUAGACGACGUUGUGCAGUACCGGCCUCGUAGCGGCGUUCACCUAUCUCCUCUCGACUCCAUGACAUCAUUGCGUACGCGUGCUCACACUCGCACCGCACCUUGUUCACAGGGAGAAUCUUUACAUUGUCAAGACACUGAAAGAGUUCCAGUACAUCGACGAGUUUGGCAAGGAUCAGGGAGCGAACGGUGCGUUGACACCCCCACAUCGCAGAAUGCAGAAAUGACGCGGUCGCAGACUCAUAAAGAAUUCGCUCGAUCGUCUUGGCUACGUGCAGUUCGACAAAAGGCCAAAGAUAUCACAAACCUGCUGUUGGACGAGCGACGAAUGAAAUCGCAACGCGCAACCCGACGUGACAUGCGUGACCGCAUGUCCGGAGCCGAAACCCGGCCCAAAUCGACCGAAGCGCGACCUGAUCGAUCCGGAGCGCGUUCUGGCGAUGGAGAUCUUGAGGCUGCGAUUGCUGCGAGUAAGCGAUCUGCCGAGGAGGAGGCCAAGAGGAGUCAGGCCGACAACGAUCUGGAAGAGGCGAUGAGGCUGAGUCGAGAAGAAGAUGAGAGGCGGAGAAGGGAACUAGCCCAGAGCGGGAGCGAUGGACUGUUUGAUGAGCAACGGCAGUACGUUCUGCUCCACACAUGGGCUUUGAUUUUCUCGAAAGGAAUUUGAUCGAGGCUCCUGAUGAAUUUUUAGAAACCAAAACAACCUUAUCGAUAUCGACGCCCAACCUCAACAACCGAUGCAGACGGGGUGGGCGAGCUUCAAUCCCUAUGCGGCGCAACAGCAAGCCAUGCUGGAGGAACAGAUGCGCCAAGCCCAGAUGAUGGAGCUGCAGCGUCAGGUGAGUGAUGGGCUUCCGGUGUUGAACGUAGCGACCUGGACGAGAAUAGGCUGACGUUAAAGCCUUCGUUCUCGCCCCUUGCGCACAGCAACAAGAACAGCAGCAAUACCUAUACGCCCAACAACAAGCUCAACUGCAGGCACAAUACGCACAACAGCAACAACAAGAGGAGUACAUGCGCCAACAGCAGUACAUGUAUCAGCAGCAGAUGGCGCAGCAACAGCAGGCACUUCAGCCCCAGCCGACUGCGUUCGGUGCCAACAACCCUUUCGCCGCUUUCGCCGCUCCGCCUCAGCAGCAACAGCAACCUCAAACGACUUUCAACGACAACAUCGCCACUCCGACACCCCCGCGACAGCCCAGUCCGCCGCCUGCGCUGCACCCGCAACAGACGGCGCAACCGGCCCGACAGCGGCCACAGAAGGACGACGGCAAGCACGCCCAGCUCGCCCAGCUGCUCGCAGGUGGCCGAGAAGAUGGCUUGGACACGUUCGGCAACAUUGGCAAUAUGCGUAUCCCAGUGUGAGUGUACAGUUAUCGUAUAUGCACCAAACCUUCGUUGUCGUACUGAUCGUGCAAGAGUUCAUCUUCGCUUGGUCUAGUGGAGCCCAAUUCGCGACUCGAACAGGGGGUCUCGUUCAAGCGCAACCGACUGGAUUGGCCCGACCAAACCCGUUCAACAUCUCUCAAAACCCGACUCAGAAUCAACAGGUAUGUACUUUGAGCCCCUAGCAGUCCACCUGUCGCAGCAACAGCCCGUAUUGCGAGACUGACUAGUGAAACCCCAACCCCGAUUGCUCCCGACAGAAGGAUCAACCGUUCUUUACGAUCUGA